AUGUCUGGUCAUUUUCGGCAGAGCACGGGGAGCAGUGCGCUUCAGCGUCCCCAUACCUCGUUGAGGGAGUCGCGGGUGUCCUCGUUUCGCGCCUCCCACUCACACACCACCCAACCGAGCUACGAUUUUCUCACGGGCGGCGAAAAUGCGUCGACCGCCCAUCGUGGCAGACCCUUAUCUCGGCAGAGUCAUGCCGGCGGCGAAUCCCUGCGUGCGGCGUCGCGCGAGAGUUCUAAGGAGAAUUUCGCGCCGCCGGACGCAGAGGAGUACGAGACCCAGCGGAAACGAAUAGAGGAGCUCAAGGCCGAGCUUGCGACCAUGCGAUACAAGAUCGAGAAUUAUGAGCAAGAAAAAGAACUCCAGGCUCUUCAACACGACAACGAACUCCGCGACGUGCGCCGGAAAGCCGAAGACGACUUCAAACAAAAACAGGCUGCCGAAGGCGAGAAGAGCAAGGCGCAGAGGCAGAAUGAAGCCAUCCAGAACGAGUUGCACGAGCUGAAAGGCUCGGCUGCCAGGGAGAAGCUUGACCUGGAAAAGAAAGCGCGUGACUCCGAUGAUGAGGCGCGACUGCUCAAGGAACAGUUAGAGGACCUGUCCGCUGCGAAAGAAGAAGGCGACCGCAUGAACCAGAAAAAGUUCAAUGAUAUGGACGUUCAGCUUUCGAAUCUGCGACAGACCGUUCAGGAGCUUGAACACGACGCUCAAUCCCGCGAAUCGUCGCUGCAUACAGCGCAGCAGCAGAUGUCCGACAAAGACAAGGUCAUUGGUGACCUGGAAGCCGAGGUCCUGCGACUAAAGGCUCAGACAGGCGAUGCUGAGACCAUCGCCGUGAUCCGUCGCGAACUGACCGAUCAGGUACAGCAUAUCAGGUCGCUGGAGUCUAGGAAUUCGAAACAACACGCCGAAUUGAGUCACCUCCGCCAGAUCCACAGAGCCGUCGAAGUUGUCGAGGAGGAGAAGCGAUCCCUACAGCGGAGGGUGGACGCUGCCCGAGGUCUAGAGGCAAAACUCGCCGAGGCUCGGUUACAAAGACAGCGGUUGGAGGACGAGCGGUUAGCAUGGACUGCCUACUUGCAGGAUGCCAGCGCAAACGAUGGCAUCAUGGAGCUUGACACCCCCGAGGCCGUUGCACGAGCGCUCGUGCAAGAGCGCUACCAUUCGGCGUCCCUCGUGGAGCAGCUUGGCGAGGUACAGCCGCAGAUCGCUGAAAGGGACGAAAUCAUCAGGUCUCUGGAGACGGAGAAGAAAAGCAUGGCUGCGCAGAUGGAGAAACAAAAGACCACUGCUGCUCCAAUCUCGGCAAGUAAAGCCCAAGCUCGGAUAGAGAGGCAACGUGCAUUGGCAAUCAAGGAAGUCGAGUACCUGCGCGCUCAACUGAAGACAUUCGAUGUCGAGGACGAGACGUUCGACAUGGAGCGAUUCGACAAGAACAAGGUCGAGCGUAUCUCCGAGCUCGAGCAGCUUGUUGACAAGUAUAAGGAGGAGGUCCAGAGCCUGCACAAGGAGCUCUCUGCCGGCGAGUCUACCAUUGGAACCGCAGAACCAGUAGUAGGCUCGAAACGAGCCCGCACGGAUGAGUCGGAGAACGAACAACUUGGCGAGCUCAACCGAAAGCGACGCAAGCUGGCUGACGAACUCUCAAAACUACACACGGCGCAUCAAGUAUUGCAGAAGGAACACGAAGUCGCCCAGUCUCGCCUCGCGGCCGCCGAAUCAGCGUCCAAAACACGCGUUCUAUCGCUCCGCUCAAACCCAACGUCAGACUUUGAAGCAGUCAAGACGGCCACCCUACAAGCCCUGAAAGUCGAAAACCAAGAACUCCUUGUCCAGCUGCAGAAAGAAGCCCGCCGUAACCCAAAAAUAGCCGUGAUACCGGCCUCGCAGCUCGCAGCCGCGCGGCGCGAGAUCGAGGAGGCGCAGAAGGAAACGGCGUCGGCGCAGAAGUCCGCGACGCGCCUCAAGCAGGUCUGGGCGUCCAAGUCGCGCGAGUUCAAGGAGGCCGUCUUCAGCACGCUGGGCUGGACCGUGACCUUCAUCCCGAACGGCAAGAUGCGCGUCGAGAGCGUCUUCUGUCCUAGUUCAAGCGACGACGAGCACGAGAACAGCAUCGUGUUCGACGGCGAGCGCGGCACCAUGAAGGUCAGCGGCGGGCCCCAGAGUCCCUUUGCCCGCCGCAUCGCCGACCAGAUCCAGUUCUGGGUCCGCGACAAGGGAUGCAUACCCGGGUUCCUGGCCGCGCUGACGCUGGAGUUCUACGAGGAGCAUACGCGUGCUAGCCGGUGA